AGAUACUUGGAAAAUGAAUUUAUUUUUAUGUAUGACAUUUUGCUGUUGUUUAAUGUAUCAAUGUUGUAGCACAGACAGUUAUGGAAAGUGAAAUUGUGGCGAACCUUCGUUAUGUAGUUCUGUUUGGAAUGGAGGAUCGUACGAAGUUACACAAGAUUUUUAUUGUGUUACGACGAGAACAGCUGUCAUUUUUGUAAUGACGGUUGUGGGCAGGAGCAGUUAUUUUGUUUCAAGAACGGACAGUUUCUUUCGAGACGUUAGUUUAUUUUCCAGGUGCCAGUGGUUUGUGACUUACUGUGAUCGAUGUCAAGUAUGCAGUUCUUAAAAUAAGGUGUGAUGUUUUUUAGUGAAGUGUUUAGUGUAGAAUGAAUGUUAUUGAGGUUAUGACGCUGAGAAGGCGCACGAAAUCAGUAAAUCGAAGGAACAGCGAAAGACAGCAGUGCAUGUCUUGGAUAACACCCUGCAACCAGAGACAAGUGGUGUAAGAAAAGGCUCUUUAUUUAUGAAAGGAACGACAGCUGUUUGAGCACUACAAUGGACUGUAUACAAGAUGAAGAUCGCAAACGACGACUGCGUCAGUUGGAAGAGGAGAUUCAAGAUCCUCGUAGUGUUGCAAAUGUUGACUGCUUGUUGGAUACAGUUCAGGCCUUAGUUUCGGACUGUGAUCACCCAGCUGUUAAACGAAUGAAAAAUAUAGAAGCAUAUAUGAAUAGAUAUGAUUCUGUGGCAGCCACUAUUUGUAGGUUACGUAUGAAGACAGAUGACUUUUCUCUUAUUAAAGUCAUUGGUAGAGGAGCCUUUGGUGAAGUCCAGUUGGUACGGCAUAGAUCUACUCAAAAAGUGUAUGCAAUGAAGCUAUUAAGCAAGUUUGAAAUGAUUAAACGGUCAGACUCGGCAUUCUUCUGGGAAGAACGCGAUAUAAUGGCCCAUGCUAACUCCGAAUGGAUAGUGCAGCUGCAUUUUGCAUUUCAAGAUGCUAAAUAUCUGUACAUGGUUAUGGAUUACAUGCCUGGUGGUGAUCUUGUUAACCUUAUGUCCAACUAUGAUGUGCCUGAAAAAUGGGCAAAAUUUUAUUGUGCUGAAGUUGUUUUAGCUUUAGAUGCCAUUCACUCAAUGGGUUUUGUUCAUAGAGAUGUGAAACCAGAUAAUAUGCUCCUGGACAAGCAUGGUCACCUCAAGUUAGCAGAUUUUGGUACUUGCAUGAGGAUGGAUGAUGAUGGUCUAGUGCGGUCAGAUACAGCCGUAGGUACUCCUGAUUACAUAUCACCAGAGGUGCUACAGUCCCAAGGUGGAGAAGGUGUAUAUGGUCGUGAGUGUGAUUGGUGGAGUGUGGGUGUCUUCCUUUAUGAAAUGUUAGUUGGAGACACUCCAUUUUAUGCUGAUAGCCUUGUUGGUACAUACAGCAAGAUCAUGGAUCAUCGCAAUUCACUUCAUUUUCCAACAGAUGUAGAAAUUAGUCAAGACGCUAAAGCCUUAAUUUGUGGCUUUCUCACGGACAGAACAAGGCGCCUAGGAAGAAAUGGAGUUGAAGAAAUAAAAUCUCAUCCAUUCUUCCAGAACGACCAGUGGACAUUUGAUAAUUUACGAGACUGUGUUCCACCAGUUGUUCCAGAACUAAUGGGUGAUGAUGAUACAAGUAAUUUUGAUGAUGUAGAUAAAGAUGAAAGUCCAGAAGAAAAUUUCGCUACGCCAAAAACUUUUGCAGGAAACCAUUUGCCGUUUGUGGGUUUCACAUACUCGAGGGAUUAUCAGUUACUGUCUGGCAAUAGAAGGCUAAUUCAGGAUGUGGUUGACAAGAGUGAAGCUGAAACAGCGAAGACAAUAUUGGAAUCUGCUGAACAAGUUACUCAGUUGGAGGCAGAACUAGAAAACCAGCGUUCUCUUGUGAAGUGUCUUGAAGCUAAACACGCAUCUGUGUACAUACAACUGGAAGAAGUGAAUCAGAGGAAAGCAGAAAUAGAAGAGAUGAAUGAUCAGUUGGAGAAGAGGAUAACCCUCCAUAAACAGGAAAUCAAAGAGUUGCUGCGGAAAGCUGAGGCAGAAGCUGAUAUCCGGAGAAAGACUGAAGUGGUUCUCCAGGAAAUGAAACGAAAAUUGGAAGAUGAGCAGAAUAAACGAACAAGAGAAAUGAACAAUAAUCAACAAACUAAUGACAAGAUAAAUGUCUUAGAAAAACAGUUGACAGACAUGCAGGAAAGCAAUACUCGUCUCCGGAAGCAGGUUGCAGAGUUGACAUUAGCAAAAUCUACAGCAGAACAGGUGCAAGGUGAAUUGCAGAGCAAGUUAACAUCUCUACAGUUGCAAAGAGAGAAUCUACAGCAAGAGGUUGCAACUCUUGAAGGACAGCUAUCACAGGAAAGAAGUUCUCGUUGCCAGGCUUCUGACUUGCAGCAGGAAUUGGAAGGUCGUCUGCAGUCAAUGCAUGGGGAACUUGAACGAGCUCAGCAGAGAGAGAAUAAACUCACAGAUGACAAUCGUCAAAUGGUUGAAAAAAUCUCAAGCCUGGAGAAGGAAUGUGCAUCCUUGGAAUUAGAACUUAAAGCAGCUCAGAACAGGUAUCAACAAGAAGUUAGAGCACAUGAAGAAACAGAGCGAAGUCGUCUUCUGAGCAAAGAGGAAGCAAACAUAGAAGUCGUCAAAGCUUUACAGGCAAAACUGAAUGAAGAAAAAAGUGCUCGGCAGAAGGCAGAUUUACAGUGGCAGGAGAAGGAACGCCAGAUGUCUAUGCUUUCUGUUGACUACAGACAGAUCCAGCAGAGGUUACAGAAAUUGGAGGGAGAAUAUCGGCAGGAAGUUGAAAAGGUGAAAGCCCUGCAUGGACAAAUAGAACAGGAGCAGCAGAAGAAGAAUGUCUUGCAGACAGAACUUGGAGUGCAGGCAUCAGAAGUCGCUCACUUACGUGCAAGGGAAGCUCAGCUUAUUCGUGAAGUAACACAGUUAAGAGAGGGCAAAAAAUCUAUUGAAGAAGAGCUGCACAAAGUUAAAGCUGCUCGAUCUGUGGACGAUUUGCAGAUGAAGGAGUUGCAAGACCAACUUGAAGCAGAACAAUACUUCUCGACAUUGUACAAGACACAGGCACAGGAACUAAGGGAGGAGGUGGAUGAAAAACAGAGGUCAAUACAAGAGCUUGAGGAGGAGAGAGACUCAUUUUCUAGGCAGUUGCAAUUGGCUCUUGCUCGAGCUGACAGUGAAGCACUUGCUCGGUCGAUUGCUGAGGAGACAGUUGCUGAUCUAGAGAAAGAGAAGACUGUCAAAGAAUUGGAACAUAAAGAUCUGAUGUCAAAGCACCGAGCUGAACUUGCUAAUAAGGAAAUAGCCCUAAAUACGGCGAAGGAGAGGGAAAUGGACUAUAAGAAGACUGUUGACCAGUUAGUGAAAGAAAAAGAUGAAUUAAAUCAUCAGCUGAAGAUUAUGCAACAAGUUACAAAUGAGGCCAAUAAUAACAAUGAAGAACUGGAAAGGCUACACCGACAACUAAAAACAGAACAGCUACUGAAAAUGCAAGCUGUGAACAAAUUAGCAGAAAUAAUGAAUCGUAAAGAUAUGAGCAAUGCAGGUCGUGGUAAGAACAAAGUUUCGUCAGCAGAUCUUAGGAAGCGAGAGAAAGAAUGUCGGAAACUUCAACAGGAGCUCACACAGGAACGAGAUAAAUACAGCCAGAUGGUGGCAAAAUGGCAAAAGGAUAUGCAGGAGUUACAAGCUCAACUUCAGGAAGAAAAUACAUUGAAAAUCCGUCUGCAAAUGGAGCUUGAUUCCAAAGACUCCGAGAUAGAGCAGCUACAUGUUAAGCUAGCAUCUCUUAGCAGUGAAACUGCAUCAUUAAGUAGUGCUGACAAUGAUGAUGACUUAAUAGGCCAAGAGUCAAGGUUAGAAGGCUGGUUGUCUGUUCCUAACAAACAGAAUAUAAGGCGACACGGUUGGAAGAAACAGUAUGUUGUAGUGUCCUCAAAGAAAAUAAUAUUUUAUAAUUCGGAAAGUGAUAAGCAGAACACGGAUCCUGCACUUGUUCUUGAUCUUAAAAAAGUUUUCCACGUUCGUCCAGUAACACAGGGCGAUGUAAUUAGAGCAGAUGCCAAAGAUAUUCCACGAAUUUUUCAGCUACUUUACGCUGGGGAAGGGGAAGCUAGAAGACCAGAUGAGAGUGGUACGAAUCAGUUGGAGCUCUCUACACUGAGGGAUGAUAAGCCAGGGACCUAUUCUCUCAAAGGUCAUGAGUUUAUCCAGAUCUCGUUCCACAUGCCAACAAAUUGUGAAGUCUGUCAGAAGCCACUGUGGCACAUGUUUCGACCACCAGCUGCCUUGGAAUGCAGACGAUGUCACAUUAAGGUUCACAAAGAGCAUCUGGAGAAAAAGGAGGAUGCCAUUGCACCGUGUAAACUACAUUAUGAUCCAAAUUCUGCCAAAGAACUGUUAAUACUGGCUUCCAAUGUGGAAGACCAGAAACUUUGGAUUCAACGACUUGGGAAGAAAAUACAAAAAUGUGGAUACAAGGCCAAUAGUGGAAUUGAUGGAGCCAAAAUUUCACCAAGAGAAUCAACACGUUCAUCACUUAAGCCAUAUAUACACCAACAGCAACGCUCUGCAACACUACCUGCAAAUGCAUCUGCUGUCGGAAAAUAAGUGUGAGCUGCUUUCAGAGGUGCAAGUGGCUGUUGAGACUGUGAUUGCUAGGAGGCUAUAAGUGCUGUGUAAAGAAAUAAUUUAUUUUUUAACAGUGGCCUAACCAAAGUUUUAUCUCUGAAUAUAGUUGUAACAUAUUAUUAGUAGUAAAAAAUAGCUUUAUAUUUUCUCUUUGAUUGAGCUUCACAAGUACAGCAAUUUUUAUUUGGAAGGGUUUUGUGAGGCUGUGGACAUUAUCAUUCUUAAGCAAAGAAACUGAAGCAGCAGAAGUGACCCAAUGUUUGUGAGGAAAGGGGAGAGGUUUUCUGUUGGCAGCUCAUGUUAGGUUGUAAAACAUUUGAAAUACUUGUUUUAUGAGUUUCCAAUUUUGGUGUGGUUAUGAUUUAGGAAAAAAAGGCUCUUAAUCAGCAUCUUGCCUGUCAGUUUCACAUCAUAGCCACUUCUGACCUGAUUUAGUAAGUGUACAAAUAUAAUUUUUAGUUAUACUUGUCAUGUUAGUUACAGUAAUACAACAGAAAAUGUGAGAACAGGUGUAACUCUCACAAAGAUUACAUUCAUGACUGAAUAUUGAAGCCAAAGUUUUGAUAAACAUUUUCGCAAGAUUUAGACACACAUAUUUACAUCACAUAAUGCUGUGACCUAGAAAUAUUGAAGUUUGCUCAUAAUCAUUUUUCUGACAUUUACAUUCCUUUUCUUUCCACUAGAAUGAUUCGUUGAUUUGUACUUCCAAAGAAAAGGACAAGAUUUCCCUUGCUCAUUUCACAUUGCAUCUGUGCCAAUUAAUUUAACUGUUACAAAAGUUUACAAAUUAUGUACCAUUAUAUAUGAAUGCCAAGUUUCAAUGAAACUUGAUAUUUUAUUUAUAUGUAUACAUAAAUAUGUGUAAGGCAGACUUCUGCAGUUAUGUACAUGUUUGUUGCUGUGUUCCAUUUUCACAUUGUUGAUUACAUGUGGAGAAUAUAUAUGGACUGUGCCUUUAUAUCAUGCAAAAGAAUAAACUUGUGGUACUAUUUAGAGUUCUAAGUUAAAGUAUUUAUGUUUUUCAUUUUUUAAAAGGAAUAACUUAUGUUAAGUUAUGCCAAAAUUGUGGAAUUACCAACUACAAUUUUAUUUAAUAUGUACCAUAAAACUACUCUUUUGUAUAUAUGACCAUAGUGCUAUUUGUAUAUGAAAAAUUAUGUAAGCAAUAAAUUUGGCCAAAAGUGGACAUAUUUUUAAAA